AUGGAUUUGGAGUCCAAUUCGCUACCCCUCAAGCCACCGCUGACGGAUCAGAAUGUGCAAGAUGUGCAAGAUGCGCAGGAUCUCGCUGCCCUGGGCCACUCCCAGGCCCUGACGCGAAAAUUCGAUAUUUGGAGUAUGCUGGCGCUUGCCUUUUGUGUACUUGGAACCUACUCGACCUUCGCUCAGGAUCUCAGCAGUGGUCUGACCAAUGGUGGUGCCAUCACUAUCCUCUGGGGUCUGGUGCUGGUCACAGCAUGCAACCUCUGUGUUGCGCUCUCGCUGGGCGAGUUGACUAGCAGCAUGCCCACCGCCCUUGGUCAGGCAUACUGGGUAUAUCGACUGUGGAAUACACCACUAGGUCGAUUUGUUUCAUACAUGUGUGCAUGGAUCAAUACAUUUGGAUGGUGGACCUUGACUGCAUCACAGGUUGCCUUCAUGACUGAAUUCCUGCUAGGCAUGAAGACUAUGUUUGAUCCCGAGUGGGAUGGAGUCAACAAGGGCUGGCUCAAUUUUGUUGUGUAUAUCGGGGUGGUCUUCGUUCUGACCCUGGUCAACGUCGUCAGUUGCCGCAAGGAGAAGAUCCUACCCUGGCUUAACAACUUUGUUGGAGUGUGGUUCUUCGGCCUGUUUAUUGUUCUCUCUCUUGUGCUUCUUAUCUCGGUCGGAACCAAGAGUAAUCUGUCGUUCCAGCCCGCUUCAUUCGUAUUUGGCGCUUGGAAGAAUGAGACUGGCUGGGGCGACGGUGUGGUUUGGUUCACCGGGUUGGUACAAGCAGCGUAUGGUUUGACCGCGUUCGAUUCGGUCAUUCAUAUGGUAGAGGAAAUCCCUGCCCCUCGGAAGAAUGCUCCCCGAGUUAUCUGGAUGGCCGUUUUGUUCGGUGCCGUGACUGGAUUCAUUUUCAUGGUGGUCUGUCUGUUUUGCAUCCAGAAUGUGGACCGUGUCGUCAACGCCGACCUCCCCUUCAUGGAGCUUAUGAUUGAGACUGUUGGAGUGAAAGGGGCCGCAGUACUGAUUGCACUGUUCAUUUUCAACGGUGUAGGCCAGGGAAUCAGUAUCCUUACUACUGCCUCCCGUUUGACCUGGGGCUUUGCCCGUGACGGUGGUGUGCCUUUCAGCAAGUACUUCAGUCACGUCGACCCUGUGUGGCAGGUCCCUGCCCGCGCUCUCUGGGGUCAGGGCGUCGUCAUCGGUAUCGUUGGUAUCCUUUACCUAUUCGCCAACACCGUGCUCGAGGCGAUUCUCAGCGUCAGCACCAUCGCCCUGACUGUCUCGUACGCCAUGCCCAUUCUCGCCUUGCUCGUCACCGGCCGUGAGAAAUUGCCCCCGGGUCCAUUCAAGCUCGGUCGCAUUGGUCCGUGGUUGAACUGGGUCAGCAUCGUCUACUGUAUCAUCACUACCAUUUUCUUCCUGUUCCCUGGGGGCCCUAACCCAGCGCCCAGCGAUAUGAACUUCGCUAUUGCCGUCUUUGGCGUUAUGUUGGUCAUCGCUGUUGCAUUCUGGUUCAUUCAAGGCAACAGAACAUAUCUCCAAACUGAAGAUGCCAUCGCUUCGAUGGUCUACGCCCACCAUCUGGAAAUGAAUCAGCUCGGUGUUGAUGACCCGGUUCCGGCUGUUCAAGCUCCGGUCAUCGUUGAUAAAUAA